UUCAUCCACACCAAGGCAAACCGUUUUGAAGAAGUGACAUGGCCCAAGUACAGUCCUCAUGACCAGCUAUAUCUGCAUAUUGGGCUGAAGCCUCGUGUUCGGGAUCAUUAUCGAGCUACUAAAGUGGCCUUCUGGAAGCACCUAGUACCUCACCUGUACAACCUGCAUGACAUGUUCCACUACACAUCCACCACCACACGGGUCCCACCUCUUCUGACCACACACAGCUCUCACAGUGGCACACUGCGCCCAGGGGGCAACAAGGCUCGUACCCCUGGCAAACAGCCUCCCCAGUCCACUGCACGCAGUGGGCCACUAGUCAUUGCCAAUCCGCGUGAUUACUCCACAGAGCUGAGCGUUACGAUUGCUGUUGGUGCUUCACUUCUCUUUCUCAAUGUCUUGGCCUUUGCUGCGCUCUACUAUCGCAAGGACAAAAGGAGUCGACAGGACACACCCCCUCAGCCUGCAACUCAGCGCCAGACCUCGCCCAAUGACCUCAGCUACACGCCCACCUCCAUCUCAGGGGGUAACCAAGAGGAGGGGUCACUGUGCGACCCGCUCCGUUUGACCCCGGCAUCAUCUCCGCGGGAUUACGCCCUCACGCUGCGCCGCUCACCGGAUGACAUCCCACUCAUGACACCCAGUUCUGUCGCCAUGACACCAAAUAGUGGCACUAUGACACCCAACACAGUAACCUUGACGCCCAAUAGUGUUACCAUGACGCCCAACACCAUUACUAUGUCACCCACUUCUUUGAUGGGGUAUCCCAGCAUGCACCCUUACAACACUUUCACACAUGGAUACAACUCCACCAGCCUGCCCCACCCACACUCCACAACACGUGUAUAA